AUGUUUUCAUCCGGCGGAGGCCAACCACCUCGACAGCCCGAAUUCGACCUUAACCAAAUUCUCGGCCGCCUGAGCGCCAUUUUCGGUGGCGCCGGCGGACGCCUGGGCGGCGCCAACAUUGGAAUCCUCAUCGUUGCCGUCGUCGCCCUGAUCGCCAUCAUCUGGGCCGCCACCGGCGUAUACACCAUCAGCCCAGGCGAAAACGCCGCCCUGCGUCUCUUUGGCGCGGUUCAGGGCAACCCCGUUGACGCGGAAGGACUGCACUGGUGGUGGCCGUCUCCGGUUGGCAAAAAAGACGUCGUAAUGGUCACGCAAACCCGUCGUAUGGAGCUGGGUUUCAUCUCCAACGCCGCCGAAACCAAAACCACGGUCGAAAAUGAAGCCCUGAUGAUUUCGGGGGACCUCAACAUUGUCGACGUGCAGAUGGUGGUGCAAUACCGCAUCAGCAACCUCAACAACUUCCUGUUCAAUGUCGAUGACCCCGGCGAGCUGGCGCGGAACAUUCCAGAAGGCCGCCCCGACGGUCGCACCCUCAAAGAUGGCGCUGAAGCCGCCCUGCGUCUGGUGGUCGGCCAACGCUCCAUCGACGACGUGCUGGUGCGCGGUCGCGAAUUGGUGGAAUCCGACACCAGGACGAGGCUGCAAGCCAUUUUGAACACCUACACGGCUGGCAUCGAGGUAAUCUCGGUGCAGCUGCAGGACGUCAAAGCGCCCGAAGAGGUACGCGAGGCUUUUGACGACGUGCUGCGUGGCCGGCAAGAGCGCGAAACCCGCAUCAACCAGGCCCUGGCCUACGAGGCCGACGUUAUCCCGCGAGCCAGGGGUGACGCCGAGCGCAUCAUCCAGGCGGCAGAAGCCUUCAGACAGUCCCGCAUCGAAACCGCCAACGGUGAAUCUCUGCGCUUUGAGGCCGUUCUCAAUGAAUACCUGAACUCUCCAGAAGUAACGCGCCAGCGCCUCUACCUGGAAGCCCUGGAAUCGGUGCUGCCCAGCGUAACCAAGAUCGUCGUCGACGGCUCAAACGACCCCCUAAUUAUUGUGGGACAGGGGAGCAACAUCGUACCUGCGCCAAUCGGGCCCAACCCCUAG